AGUGGGGCGCUGCAGGUAAUGUCGCGGGAGACCCAGAACUGGGCCCUGGCCGGCUCGGCCCCCGCCCCGGACUGGAUGGAGGAGCCACGGCGCGGGAGUGUCAGGGCCCAGAUCCAGGCAGCCGAUGGAAGGGAACACCCCUGAUGGCACAGGCCCCAUGCACGUGCCGUUUGGGCACAUUGUGGCCAAUGUGAAAUGGCGCGGGUCACAGCUGGCACAGGGAAUGCAAGGAAAAAUUAAACUCGUUUUUGAGGAUGGCCUGACACCGGUAGAUUUUUACUUGUCUAGCAGAUCCUGCAUUCUUUAUAUCAUCGAAGCUGAUUUGGUGGCAGGAAAUGGCUACAGAAAGAGACUUGUUCGGGUUAGAAACUCCAGUAAACUUCAAGGGAUUGUAGUAGUUGAGAAAACUCACAUGAGUGAACAGUACUUUCCAGCCGUACAGAAAUUUACUGUACUGGAUCUGGGGAUGGUGUUGCUUCCAGUGGCCAGCCAGAUGGAAGCGUCCUGUCUCAUUAUCCAGUUGGUUGAAGAGCAAACCAAAGAGCCCAGUAAGAACCCUUUACUCAGGAAGAAACGAGCUCUGAUCUCCGAGCCAGCCCUCCUUCGAACUGUGCAACAGAUCCCAGGAGUCGGGAAAGUUAAAGCUCCUCUCCUGCUCCAGAGGUUUCCAAGUAUCCAGCAACUAAGUAAUGCUUCCAUCCAAGAACUGGAGCCGGUGGUUGGACAGUCAGUGGCCAAGCACAUUUAUGCGUUCUUCACCCAGUCCAGGUGAUGGCUCUUCCCACGGCAUCUCCUUUACACCACGAACCACAGGAUCUUGUUUUCUUUCACAUUAAGAAACAUAUUUCCUCUCACAGAAACUAGGGAAGGAUGAACUGAGGCCUGAAUGGCACCUGCCAGUUGUCCUGCCCUGCUUUCUGGGCUCAGGUAUUUACUUCAGGUAGUGUGCCCCAGAUGGCACUGCCCGCACCCUGCUAGCAUGAAGAGGGCUGGUGGACACCUUCCUAAGGGAGUCGGUUUAAACAGGGACUCUCAAGAUUCAGCAAAAAGCCGGCUUGGGCAGAUUUUAAUGUGUGACCUUCACCUGUAUCUAUCAUGGAAGGUGGUGGAUGUGACCGUCUAAAGGAAACAAACCUACAAUGAAUGAAGCACUGUGUACCAUAAGCCCCUUGUUCCUUCUGGCAGAGCCACUGUUCUUCAGGUCUGGUCUUAAUACACCUGUGCUUUGAGGGUGGCUGCCAGUGUAAACAAACAAUUGUCCUGCCUUUUUUCUUCCUUCCUUCCUUUCUCCCUCCACCCCUCCCUUCUGGGUAGUUGCACAGUUUGUUUGUAAUCACUGAGCAUGACUUCUGAACACAGAAAGCCUGGAGUCCAGAGUUCCCAUUUUAAAAUAAAAAGCGAAUGUGUGCGAGGGAGGGAAAGAAUGUGUUUGUAAAUGUAUAGCCCAACAAUGGGAAGAGAAAAGGGAAAAUGGCAGGUGCAGCUGCAUCCAGAGAGGAGAGCCUGGGGAUCAAAAUAUACAACUGCUCAUUCAAAAAAUAAAUACAAUUAAAGAGGCAAAAAAAAAAAAAAAAAGAA